UACCGUUUCUGGCUGGAUUCACACACUGAAGAGUUGGACUUGCAUGUUCCUAUGUAAGAGAAAAUCUGUAACGAGCGGGUGAAGAGAUCGAGACGUGUGGAUAAAGGAAUCAAAUUUAAAAAAAAAUGGAGAAGAAGAAGGUACCAAAAAGGCUCCAAAGUAAGGUGGCGAUCGUGACGGCAUCGACACAAGGGAUAGGCUUUGGUAUCGUUGAACGGCUCGGACUUGAAGGUGCUUCUGUCGUCGUCUCUUCUCGCAAACAGAAAAAUGUAGAUGAGGCAGUAGAGAAGCUUAAAGCUCAGGGGAUUGAUGCAUUUGGAAUCGUUUGUCAUGUCUCUAAUGCUCAACAUCGCCAGAUUCUUGUCCAAAAGACAAUUCAAAGAUAUGGGAAGAUAGAUAUUGUUGUAUGCAAUGCAGCUGUGAAUCCAUCUACAGAUCCAAUCUUAUCCACCCAAGAAUCUGCUCUUGACAAGCUUUGGGAAGUCAAUGUCAAAUCAUCUAUCCUUCUCCUUCAGGAUUUAGCUCCUCACUUAGAGAAGGGUUCUUCUGUAAUCUUCAUAACCUCCAUUGCUGCAUUUCAACCGCAAGUACCAACGUCAAUGUAUGGAGUUACCAAAACAGCUCUGCUUGGACUAACCAAGGCACUUGCUGCUGAGAUGGGACCAGACACAAGAGUAAACGCUGUAGCUCCUGGUGUUGUGCCAACACACUUUGCCUCUUUCAUCACCCGAAACUCUGAAGUGAGAAGAGCCAAUGAGGAGAAAACUCUGCUCAACAGACUGGGAACAACGGAGGACAUGGCUGCUGCAACGGCUUUCUUGGCCUCUGAUGAUGCAUCUUACAUCACCGGAGAAACUUUAGUGGUCGCCGGAGGAAUGCCCUCCAGGCUCUGAAUCAGAAUCCCCCCCCCCCCCACUAGUUUAUGAACAAGAAAACCACACAUUUGUACUGUUGUGUGAUCAUGUUGAAUGCUUUAAUUUCUCAGUUUGAAUAGUAGUCAAAUGGAACAUAUCUUAUCUACCAAAGGUUACUUUCAUGACAAUUUACGGCAAAAAAGAGUCCAAUCAUCUAUCCUUCUCCUUCAGGUAUAA